CGAAAGAGCGCAUCAAAAUCCAUAUAGCUAAGGUGAGAAGAAUUGUGUGCACACACUGUGUCUCCGAGUUAACAUUUUUAAAAAUCUCAGUUUUCUUAAAACUUAACUAGCGUUGUAUUCUUUAGUUCUGAACCCACUUGGUGAUAGAUUGUUCGAUCUUAAAGCAAAUAGGUUUGUGUUGAAUUAUUAAGUUUACGGUAUUAGAUACUAUGCAGUCGUGGAAGAUUUUUAAGUAGAUUAUAAAAAUUCUGCUUUUCGCUGUUUACCUAUUCUACGUCCAUCACCACAUCAAAAUGGUUCUUUUCAACAUUUCUUUGUAGGUAAAUAUAUGUUUCAGCCGCACAUUCACUAUAUAUUGAAGUCCAACUUAACCAUUUUAUUUUAUCAGCUUGGAAAAUAAAAAUUUUUGUUUUCAAUAAAUCGCAUGUAGCCAUUAUCUCUCGUUCUGUUGCCCAUGUUCCCAAACGAUCCAUUUUUUUUUCUUUUAUAUAGUCCGCUCCACUGGAAUUUAUAAAUUUCUCAUCACCAUAAUUAGCAUAACUUUUUUCCUUCAUUUGUUGUACUACUAACUUUCUGAAUGAUGCAUGCAAAUCUUCAUGGCCAACAUAUAUGUAACUGAUACUUCUAAAAUACACAGAAAAUACAAGCGACACGACUUGCAGCAAUUGAUUAUUAAAAGUUCACGAAUGUUGUAACUUUUCUCUCUCAGUGUUGGUUCUGCAAAGAAACUCUCAUUGUCGAUUGUUUAUAGAUUACUCGAACUUAAGGGGAUAGGGGGAGGGUGUCUUUCUCUUAGACAUACGCUCAAACUUGGCUGGUUAGUUUGUAAAGUGAAAUUAGGAAACAAUCAUCAAUGCACUUAGAAUCCGUAGGCCAAUCUGUACCACAUUUGUUACUGGUUCACAGAAACAAAUGGAAAAUUUAUCCCAAAUUACGGUGAUUGUUGCUAUGUAAAACCUCUAUGUUAGCACAAAACAUCGACAGUGCGUAGAUGAUUACAUUAUUUUUAAAUAAAAUAAUUAGCCUUUUUCUAUAUCAAAAAGAGCUUACACAUCUUAUUUCUUCCAGUAUUUCGAUUCUCCAGCAAUUCCGAAAAAGUCAAUUUCUAAACGUUUUGUUUAUGGUUGGCGACUUGAUGAGAACGGUAAACCACAGCAUAAACGGUUCGACAGAUAGCAAGGCAGAUUAAUGUGUAUUUAUCACAGAACAAAUAAAGAACUUAAAUUGAUAUAAAAAGAACAUGAAAGUCAUUAAACAUGGCCCUACGUACCCCUCAGCAGUAGACAGCCCCAUUCUUAAAAAUUAGCUUGAUCAAUGGCCGUAGUUGACACCACCUACUCUUUGAUUUUGCUUGGGGGUGGCAAUAGCCGUAGUUGACACCAUUAGCAUGGCCCCAGAAGUUGCAAACCGAUAGCCUUCAGGAUUACGCACCCCUCAGCAGUAGACAGUCCCAUUCUUAAAAAUUAGCUUGGUCAAUAGCCGUAGUUGACACCACCUACUCUUUGAUUUUGCAUGGUGGUGUCAAUAGCUGUGGUGUCACUGGUGGUGGCAAUAGCUCCUUGUUGACACCACCGGUGGUGGUAAUAGCUCCUUGUUGACACCACCGGUGGUGGCAAUAACCAUUCCGUUAAUUUUAUUUGUGCUCGUGUCUUUGUUUAUAUCAAGAGAGAUGUUAAAUUUUUAGUUAAGACGUUUCUUCAAAGCUAACUCUGGUAAACUUCUUGUGUUCUUAGCCUAGCCAUUUGGUUGCUGGAAAACCCGACUUUUAUUUUCGGCUCUUUGCUUUUUCGAAAAACAAAAGUCUUCAGCGUCGGUCUCGUUGUUGAAGACUGAAGACUUGUGAACUCCACUUUCGCUCAUAACUUUCUUGUGGAAACCGGCACGAUACAUUACAUAAUAAACAUUUUACUGCUUUCUGUUGUAGAUACCAGUGACUACACAGCUCACUACUGCACAACGUCCGUCACGUCACGACGUAAAAUGUUGUUUAUUACAUUUUGGAGAUAAAGAUUACAAGACAGUGCCAUAUGAUGAAUGUAUCUUUGACGAUGAAGACGAUACUGUUUCAUAUAAACAUCGACAUGAUUUAAAGUUAAUUACAACAGCUCUUACUCAACGUCAGCAACCUCAUCGUAUUGUAUCACCAUCCCGUGUAAUUACAACAGCAACUCAUCACCCAUUAACACAAAAUUUACUACAGUCAUUUAGUCAAAAUCUAACUCCGAUUGCAUUAACGACACCAUUCUUCUCUUCAUCUCAACCACUGCAGCAACGAGUAUCAAAACAUUCACAAAUUAAUUCAAGAAAACGUUCAGCAGUUGUCACCAGUACACCGGCUACUCCUUCCAGUUCUUCUUUAACUUCCACCGCCACUGCAACUGAUCAUAUUUCAAGAAAAAAAGUUAGAGUCUAUGAUGAUUAG